AUGGAUCCCGCGGCGCCGGGGAGGUUCGACAAGCUCCAGAGCUCGUUCAAGCUCACCGUCCAGUGUCUCCUCACAGCCUGCUCCCGCGAGGUUGUCAAUGAGGCUUUCUCGUCGUUCACCGAUGCCGAGAAGGAGCAUCUGCACCGAAUGCUCACCCUCGUGAUGAAGAAUACGCAUGCCAACAUAAUGGAUGAGUUUAACAACUUCUGCCAAGAAACACAGAUGGCUGCCGCCCUUGACAAGAUAGAUGACUUUGUUGAAUUACAAAAUCUGGAUGCAUUAUCUUCAGAGAAGACUACUGUUGAAGAAAUCGAAGAAAAGGUCUCAAGAGCAAAGAAGGAUGAAAUUGAACAUUUGACGGGUUUACUGAAAAAGGUUGAAGAAAGUAACAAUGUCAUGAAAGCUCGAAUUGAACUCCUGAAGUUAGGGGAGGAUUCAACUGCUGCAAGAGAUGUCCUCAAUAAGGUGACGCAGUGGAACUGCAGGUUCACUGGCGCUCUGCGCUCCUGA